GCUGUCACAUAUGAGUAUGACAUAAAAUUUAUCAAUAUAGGUUUUUAGGUUUUCGUAAAUAUAAAUAGAGUAUAUUUUAUUAAAAUAUAGUGGAAGUUAUCAUUUCGUUUAAUUUUAAUAUAAAUCUGUACAAAACCAUAAUGCGUUGAAACUAUAUUGAAUAACCGAACAUUUGAAAAGAUUCACAAUGAUACCUUUUGCAGCUUCAGCUUUCUGCAGAAGUGUAGGCAGGCGAUAUGUUCAGAUUAAAAGUAUUUCACCGUUAUAUUUCAACGCUUCUAGAAUAAUUUGUGGAAAAGUUCAAGUAACCAUAGCCUGUAACCGAAAAACUAGUAGAUUUUUGCACAUAUCUGCCUACGUCAAUAGUAAAAGUGAAACAAGAAAUUCACAGGAGCAACAAGUAAAAGAAAAUAACCCCCAGAAGGACUCUGGAAAUGCAGUUAAAAAGAAGGAUUUAAAUAACAUAACUGUAAAGACUGAAACUGAUGAUGAUAAUAGAGUAACUAAAGUGACUAUAGAGAGGUCGAAAGAUUCGUCAUCUGCUAGUGCAUCUAGUCAAGCUGUUGCACAACCGACCAAGAAAAGACUACUUAUUGAUUUUUCUGCAUCUUAUACUGAAAGGAACUUCAUAACACCAAUGCGUGCAAUGACAGAAUACUUAUUGAAGCAGUCUGAUCUAGAAUCUUUGCCUAAAGUGCUUCGUCGUUCUCCAUAUGAAUCAGAGCCACCUAUUACUGUUUAUUACAGAAAAGACGUGGAAGCUAAGGCUAUUGAAGUUUGGGGGUCAAAAGAAAGUCUAGAAAAAGAACUUCUAAGAAGAGAAUUAGAUAGGAGGAGAUAUGAGCAAGAUGUAUUUACUGUUAAGAGAAGGCUGAGGAAUUACAGGAGAGAAAUGGGUCACAAACGUCUUAAACAUGGAGUAGAAGAGAUGGGCUUAAAAACAGUUUCAGGAAGAGUUGUGCUUACUGCAGUGGGAAUCAAUGGGUGUAAUUUUCUUUUUAAACUAUGUGCCUGGCUGUACACCGGAUCACAUAGUUUAUUUUCGGAAUGUAUUCAUUCACUAGCAGACACUGUCAAUCAGUUGAUUCUAGCAUAUGGAAUACAUAAAUCUGUUCAGAUAGAAUCCUAA